ACUGCUGGAUAUGGCCCGACGGUGGCUCCGACCGGAACUCCGGUCAGCCGACGGAGUGGUAGAGCUGGUGACACUGGAACGGUUUAUCGAUGGCCUCCCGGGGGAGACAGCGAACUGGGUGAGGUGCCAUCGACCGACCGGGUUGGCGGCCGCCGUCACCCUGGUGGAGGACCACCUGGCGCUCUACCCCCGCGGCCAGUCACAGCACCAGCAGCAGCAGCAGCAGCAGCAGCAAGGACGGGCAGACACGGCUCCGCGCGGGAGAGCCCCUCCUCGUUCCCUUCCUCCCCCCCUUCCUUCCUCCCUUCCCCGUGCCCAAACCCCCUCCUUUUCCCGUAACAACCCUUUUUUUCCUGUUUCCCCAGCCCCAGGCUCAGUGGCGGCGGGGUUCGAACCACAGAGAGCUCCUCAGACGCCCGGACCGGGGUGUUGGCGGUGCGGACAACCGGGUCACCUGCGCCGAGAGUGCCCGCUCAUGGAGGUGGGGCAGGUGGUUCGUGUUGUCGGCCCGCCCACCUCCGCUCCCGACCCAGACGGAGCGUACUGUAUUCCGUGAGCCUGGGGUUUUUAAAAGCACGACCGGAAGCCGGAGGGAGAGAGAGAAGCGCCGGCGAGAAGACGGCGAGAAAAAGCGCUGUGAUUUCUUGUAACCGAGAAAAAGCCACGGGCUUUAAAUAAAAUAGCACGCAAGUGCUACGAACUGGAAA